AUGCCUGGCUUCAUUGAUUGGUCACAUGGUGCCUUACGAGACGCUCCUCGAUUGGAGACCGUUUUCAAGGGUGCAGAGGAACGCUGGUCCCAAAGUCCGGAGCAGCCCCUGCGCAGCGGACCAGGCACCAUACGAGGUGCUGCAAGUUACAGCCAGCGGUGUGGCGAGGGGUGGCGGCUGGUGGUGCCGGACCUCCGAGCAGCACCUGUAAAGGACUUGCGAGCGUCGGGCGGUUCAGACACCUUCGACGCGGCCAGUUCAGCGCGGCGCUCGAAUUUCGGAGGCGAGGCAUCUCGGCGUGGGGCGUGUGGCUCGCUCUCCACGGAGAGGGAGGUGCUGGAAAGCCGGAUCCGUGGCGAGGAGAGGGCACAGCUGGAAGCAAUCCGACUUGCCACUGAGGCAGAGGCCCAUCUCGCUCGAGCGCGGGCCGAGCUGGAUGCGCUCACGGCCAGGCUGGCGGCGCACCCACGUGCGGCAGGAGAUGCCUCUGAGGUCGUGAAGCUGCGGCGCCAACUCCAGGCGGCCACUUCCGAGUGCGGCGCGCGACAGCGCCAGAUUGCCGCCCGUGCUUUCCACGAGCUGAGGAUGCGGAUACCGCGAUCGACCGAUCUUCUGGGCGGCUUGCUACGCUCAGGACAUUCCCUUCUAAGAGCCAGUAAGAUGAAGGUGCGGAAGCUAAAGGGCCGCGCUUCCAAUGCUGGCCCGGCACGCAGCGCCCGCGGCCGUCCCCGCGCGAGGUCCUCCUCGAUAAAGCCGCACCGUGCCCUCGACGAGCUGCAGGACCAGUGUACAGAGCUCAAGUGCCUCAUCAACAAAACCACGGAGGACAAUCUCCGCGCCCGAACACGGCUGAUGGCUUUGGAUAAGGAGCUCAACAAAAGGGAACGGCUUCUGCAGACCAUGGUCAAGCUCAACCAAGCCGGCGUGGGCUUGGGCCUGGACCUGGUCGAAAAGCUCAAGGAGGAGAGGAACAUGCUGCCGCUCUACCGGCGAAAGGCACAAGACCUUCAGCAGCAAAUCGAAGAGCGAGAGAAUGACCAGAAAGCCAUGAAGCGUGAUCCCUUCUUUACGCGCAUCAUAGAGCUGCAGAUUGAAUACGUGUCCUGGAAACAGGAAGCAAGCCGGCUGGAAUCGCUACUGUCGGAGCCAUCACCGGAAGCGAACCCGGCUGCGAAGCAGGAGGUUGACGUGCACCAGCAGAGGCUCGAGAAGCUGAAAGAGGCCCUCACCGCCGCGCAGAGCAAGCGUGAGCAGGUGGCUGAGGAGCUCCAAGAUAUGCAGGCGUGGCGGCUGUGGGCCAUGGACCUGUUUGCACAGUCGGUGUACCUCAAGAGUGCAUCCAUGAGCGCGCCGGCAUGUGAGCUGCGCCUUGCUGGGCCUACUCGGGCCUUCCGCGCGCAGACCCACCUCUUUACUCUCCCGGAACUGCCGUCCAAGACGGCUUUCUUCACUGUUGUGCCCAUGGCGCACCCGCUCGGUAUGGAGUUCCCGACGAGGAAGGACGACAUGGAGGAGUUCAUGGCGCGUACCGCCGCCAUGCUCCACACGCAUGAAAGACAGAUCGCGUCUCAACAAGAGGUGAUUCGGGAGCUGCAGGUGCAGGUUGCCGAGCUCCGCGGAUGUGAGGUCAAGGACUUCCAACAUCAAGUGGAACCGGCCAUCAACGCCCCGGAGGCGGCGAUCGUCGCCGUGCCCGUGAUGGAGGACGAGGGCCUCAAGAAAGCGCACACGCUCGCUUCUGCGGAGCCGCCCCCGGCAUCCUACGAUCUCGACCAAUCCAUGUGGGACGCCGCAGUCUUGCUUUUCUGCCACCAGACAGCGUGGACGGACAAGGUGAUCCUUUGGACAGGAAUGAUUGUCAACAACAGCUUGCAAGUCGCUUUGCUCCUGACGGUGUUCUUCGACAUGCUGCAGAACCCGUACUCCUCCACGAAAGUGCAGGAGAUGGUGGCAUGGCGAGCUCUGAAAGGCCACGGUCAUGAUGAGUUCGAUUCCGACAACGGGUGGUCCCUGAUCAAUCGCCUCUGUCAGCACAAGCUGUGGUCUUUUGAGCAGGAGGAGUACAAGGAGAUGUUUGAGUAUCUCUACAUGCCGAUGCCAGGGUGGACCUUAAGCGUCCUGGCCAUCAUCAUGCGGCUCGGCGCCCUGGUGGUCCUUCGGUGGGUUCUCACCAUGAUGGCCGAGUAUCGCCGCUGCUGCGAGCAAGGUCUGGCGCUGUGGAAUCUCAAGGCCCUGAAGCGAGGUGAUCCUGCUGUCUCGACGACGGAGGAUGGCGAGCAAGAUGAGAUUCUGGGCAUCUUCCCUGGCCUUCGAAUCCUUGCCUUCGUGACCUUGAUUGUACCGCGGCUCUUCGUCACAAUCUGCCUUUGCAUCGCCGCUUGA